UAGAAAUACAGCAUGGAAUAUUUACAAGAUUUAGCUGACUCAGACUGUCUUUUGUCAAUGUAACACGGGAUAUUCACUCCCCUAAGUGAUUUUAUCCGUGUAUACGUUUUGAAUUGUGAGCUAUUCUUUCAGUUACUAUUUGAAAUUACACAACGAAAAAACCAAAAGGAAAUAAAAAUGUCUGGAUUAUAUUUGAUUCAAGUGGCAAUGUGCUUUUGUUUCAUGGGCGGUUAUUAUGGGCAACCAUUGUAUGAAGACAGAUGCAGAAACAACCUUGUCAAUGGGAUGGACCAACGUUUAAAGGAAGCCUACGAUCGGGACGUGCUAUUGCAGACUCAAGUGGACAACUUAAAAAAUCAACUUGAUAUUGUUAAAGGGACUGUAGAAUCUUUACAAUUUCAUCGUAUGUGUUUAAAUGAAAACGGAACAUAUUAUGAAGAAAACUCGUUGAAGAAUCAAUAUUGUUUCAUAGAAACUUCUUUGACCUGGAAUGAUGCCAAGAAGAAAUGCGAAUCAUUUAAGUCAUAUCUUCUCGAGAUCAACUCGAAAGCAGAACAAAACUGGUUGAAAGAUAAAGUUUCAGGAGGCAAUUGGUGGACAGGCGCCAUUAAAGAUAGAAAUAAGAACAUCUGGGUAUGGGAUCAUUCAGACAGUGAACUGGUCUUCACGAACUGGGAUUCGAAGGAUUCCCAACCGAACGGCGAGAGUAAGGACAAUGAUGAAAAUUGUGUUUUGUCAGAGUUGGGUUUCUGGCAUGAUUAUCCGUGUCAAGACACAUUUAACAUGAUUUGUGAGAGAGGAAAAUAAGAAGCUGCGAUUGUCUAUGUCAGCAAUGUCAAACUUUAACCGCCGCCUGUCCUCCCGAUGAUGUUACUAACGCCAGUAUCUUAUAGAUGUAUUUCUAUGUAUAUUUCUUGUGUGACCGAUGUGUAUAUUUAUUAAUUGCAAAUGGUGUAACAUUUCAAUUCCUUCUGUUGUUCUUAAGUGUAAUUACGCUAUGGAAAAAUGGUAAUGAUUGUACAUUGUUUAAAAAAAGAUAUUUAUUUACUCUAGUUUUGAUUAAAACAAAGUUAUAAUUAUAAUACUUAAUGGAACGAUGUACAGUGUAAUAGCUCCUUACAAUGUAAUAACACAUUGUUUUCGCCUCGCCUUCUAUGGACUUUACCGACCCACAAACUUCUGUAAAAAGUCAGUAAUAAACCUAAUAAGAAAUA